AUGCAACUGAAUAUUCCGGAACGCGAUAAAAAGCCCUGGGUGCCUCGCAUUCAACAACCCCAACCAUCGGGUUCGGCGGGUGUGCAGGAGUUCAGUAAGCACGGCAGCAGCGACAUCAACGCCCUGGUGGACGUGCUCAAGCAAGUGCAGGCGGGUCAGAUCAGGGCCGACUACCUGCACAAGGACCAGCGCAAAUCCCUGGAGCGCCGCAACUCACUGGACAGGUCGGAUUCACUGCGCAAUGGCGGCGGCGGGGCGGUGGCGGUGGGGCGCACCGACUCCAUUCUCCGCCGAGCUGACUCCCGACGUGCCUCCGCUGAGGGCUCCCGGCCGGCGGCAGCAGGAGGAGGUCUGGAGCGCACCGGGUCCAUCCGCAGAUCCAUGGACGAGGACGCGGCUGCGGCUGCGGCUGGUGGUGGUGGUGUAGGCCUUCAGAGCAACCCCACAUUGCUGCGGCGCAAGAGUUUGGAACAGAGGCCGCAUGCAGGCGGCCUGGAUGCGUAUGGCACGGGUGGCUCAGGGUCCCUGCCCAGUCCCGCAGCCGCAAACGGUAUGGGCAUGGGCAUGGGCAUGGGCAUGGGAAUGGGCAUGGGCAUGGCCGGCAUGCACCUGGGCGGCAGCAUGAACUCCUCCAUGGGCGCCGCGGGGCCCGGUAUGGGGGCCGGUAUGGGGCCCGGAGGUUUCACUCCCGGUCUGGGGAGCUUUAGCGGCAGCAGCGGCACCAUGGGAAGUUUCAACAGCGGCACCAGGGGCCUGGGCGGCUUGGCCCUGGGACCGGUGGGUAACGGUAUGGCGGGUGCCGUGUCAAUGGGCGGCAUGAGCGGGGUUGGCAUGGGCAUGGGGCAUAGCGCCGCCGGUGCCAUGAAUGGGCAGAUGGGGAUGGGCGGCAGCGGCGGCGGCGGCGGCGGCGACAUGGCCGCGAUGAUGGGUAGCAUGUCGCUGGGGGCUGGCGGCGGCGGCAACGGCGCCGCCGCUGCCGCUGCCGCGCCGUCGGCCAACGGCGAGCUGAUUCGCAUGCUGGCAGAGGAGGUCGUACGGCUGCGUAAGGCAGUGGAGGAGAAGCGGGCGCGUGACGCGGAGGCGGCUCAGCUGCGGGAUCUGCAGCAGCAGCAGAUGCUGUUGCAGCAGCAGCUGGCGGCGAUGACCGGCAUGCGCGCCUCCAGCGCGGGGCUGGGAGUCGGCAGCGGCGGCAUGCCGAUGGGCAUCUAA